AUGAAGAAAAAGCCUAAGAAAAAGAUAGUCCGCAAAUCAAAAAAGUCGAAGAAUAAUGAAACGCUUGAGUUCACCCCACAAAAUGAAACCUCAACAAUCUCUACAACUCCAGUGGAUGAUUUUCCCAAACCGAAUGUUUUACCGGACAAAGAAAUCCAACUGGAGUUUCCGGUCCCGCUAAAUGUAGUACCUGCCGUUCCAGAAGUGCUAGCUGCUAAUGAAACGAUUAGCAUGGAAAUCAAUUUCGCUCCAUUUGUUGCGAAUUCGACAUCGAAGGAGGAAAUCAAGAUGAAUUCAGCUACAGCAACUCCUCUAAAACCAAAGAAGAACAAAAAGGUUCCAUCAAAGAUUACACCUAACAAAAAUAUGGAUGUGAAGAACGAUACAUUGGAAGAUUUCCCCAAGCCAAAGGAUCCGAAUCUCUUAUUUCCGCUUGACUUCCCGCAUCUAGAUAUUGACACUUCGGACAAUGCUAAUCCUUCUAGUCCUUCAUCGGAUGCCUUGAAAGGGAAAAUUAUUUCACCAGAUUUUGAAAGGCUAGAAAUCAAAAAAGAAGAAAUCAUGGACAGUUCUUCUCAAAGCAUUCAUGUCACCAAUUUCCCACCUGAUUUGUCCUCGACUACACUCAAAAGCCCAUCAAAACCUCAGGUGCGAGUGGAAAAGGUAUCUGUUUCUGGACUCCCUGAAUCCGACGUUCUCGGCACAAAACCAGCUUUUUUGAUCGUGGAAGCACCGAAAUCUUCAAAACUCCCGACACAUAAGGGAACGGAAGAUGCUAAGAAUGGUCAAAAUCUCAUUAUCUCCGUACCCUCUGAUUUUAAAAAUUCGGAAAAGUCUAACAAUGAUGAGCAACCGAUUGGCCAGCCUCUUAUCGUGAACUUACCAUUUUCCCAUCCGCUUCCAUUGAAUAUCACAAUCACGAGGAAGAAAACUCAGCGUAAACAUUCACAAUCCAGUUCUCAUCCAAAAGAGGAUUCAGGCACAAUUUCUGCGUCUAAUAAGAGCCCAUGGAGAAUAAAAAUGAGACCUAAAUCAGGACUGAAACUGGAGCAGAAUCCUUCCGUUUUGCCACAAGCUACGCCAGAAUUAGAGCCACUUACUCCUGAAGAAAAAGCCUUCAACGAAGGAAGGGCCAAAUCUGAAGACCAACCAACUAAGACGAGGACCACCAAGAGCACCACAUCUGCCAGGAUGACCACAACAACAGAAGGCAUGUACGUGACGGCGCCAGGCGAAAGAACAACAGUUCCCUUGGAGGUUCUGCAUUUUCCAACUGAGGAGGAUGUUAGUGCUGACGAGCCCUUACUCAGCGAAAGCUUCGAGCAAAUGGUGCAAAAGACGCUGCAGGAGCCGGAAGCGAAGACCAUGGAAUUCAGUUUGCAAGAAGAAGAGGGUGAGCAGUUUUCCGAGUUAUAUUCGUUUUAA